AUGCCACGCUACUGCAUCCCACACGUCCCGUCCGUCCCGCGCGUCACCGACACGUCCGACGAACCCGACGAGUCCAACGCUACCAGUGUGUCCCGCCCGUCCCGCGCGCACCCGACGCGCCCGACGAGCCCGACAACACACGCCGUGGCUUAUUUCAACAGGAUGUGUCGAGGAUAUCCCACCAUCACCGUGGCCCAAGUCGUCAGAAUAGUUUCCAGCCUUGCUGAUGUUGACGCUGCGCUUCAAGAUUUGGGCAUCACUGAGGUGAAUCAAGCUAAUCAGGUUCGAUUUCAACUGGAUGAGCGAGCCCCCCUUCAAGAUGCAGCAGAGAUCGGUGUAAGGACCCGUCCAGGAAGGCAUGGAUUCAUACUUGUUAAUCCAGAGUUGUUGGAGUGCAAGUCUAAGACCAAGGGGGCAUUAGAGAGGUCCUUCAACAUCAUGAUUAACGAAGCCCUGGAGCGGAUUGAUCAAGAGAUGUUGGGAGUUGACGCAAGCAUCUCAGAACUGAAGGUCCUUGUGCUCAAGAAUGACAAUCAGAUGCCACAUAAUGGACCUCCACUUGUCAAAAGAAAUCGGGGAGUACAACAUGUCAUCUAUCCACACCCUCCUUUCCCAGAAGAUCCUAGCUUUGAGCAUGGCACACCCCGAGAGAGAGUCCCAUAUCAACCUGCUUAUGGUACACAACAAGAGAGGGAUGAGGCAGCUGCUCGUGACAGGCGUGCCCAGAGGGCCCUCUGGCAUGCCAAACUCUGUAUUUUGGAGGCGAGGCAGUCCAUCUUGAAGGACAAGAGGUCUGAGAUGAUGUCAAAGAUGAGGGUGGAGUUCAACAGGAUUAUGGAGGAACCAUCUGACUUAGGGGCUGGUUACGCGGCCUAUGAAUUUCCUCCAUUGGCGUAG